GGGGCGGAAGCGUCGAAGCGUCGGGGGUUGAUGGCGUCACGGGAGCGACGACGCGGAAGUCGCGGCAGCAGCUGGUGCAGGAGGAGCAGGUGGCGGCGGCGGCGAUUAUACUCUCAGGGAUGACUCAGCUGGGUGCCAUAGCAGCUCUAGCUGCCAGCCUGGUGGCAGCUGCUCUUUUUUCUGCAAUACACAAGAUCGAAGAAGGGCACAUUGGUGUUUAUUACAGGGGAGGAGCCUUGCUGACAUCCACCAGUGGCCCUGGCUUCCACCUAAUGCUCCCUUUCAUUACCUCCUACAAAUCAGUACAGACAACAUUGCAAACAGAUGAAGUAAAAAAUGUUCCAUGUGGCACAAGUGGAGGAGUGAUGAUCUAUUUUGACCGAAUUGAGGUUGUGAACUUCCUAAUCCAAAGUGCCGAUUUACGCCCCACUUUUCAAUCAAAUGAGUUUCAAGGCGGCUUGCAACAAACAGUAUAUGACAUAGUGAAGAACUUCACUGCAGAUUAUGACAAGGCUCUCAUCUUCAACAAGAUCCACCAUGAGCUCAACCAGUUCUGCAGUGUCCACACUCUCCAGGAAGUUUACAUUGAAUUAUUUGAUCAGAUUGAUGAAAACCUGAAACUAGCUCUCCAGCAAGACCUGACAUCCAUGGCACCAGGACUCAUCAUACAGGCAGUUCGAGUCACAAAGCCAAACAUCCCAGAGACAAUUCGGAGGAAUUACGAACUCAUGGAGAGCGAGAAGACAAAGCUGUUGAUUGCAGCUCAGAAGCAGAAGGUGGUGGAGAAGGAGGCUGAGACGGAACGCAAGAAGGCUCUUAUUGAGGCAGAAAAAAUAGCCCAGGUGGCUGAAAUAACAUACGGGCAGAAGGUGAUGGAAAAAGAAACUGAGAAGCGAAUCUCUGAGAUUGAAGAUGCUGCAUUCCUUGCUAGAGAGAAGGCGAGGGCAGAUGCUGAAUGUUAUACUGCUUUGAAGAUGGCAGAAGCCAACAAGCUAAAACUGACUCCAGAAUACUUGCAGCUCAUGAAGUACAAAGCAAUUGCCACCAACAGCAAGAUCUACUUUGGCAAAGAUAUUCCAAACAUGUUCAUGGACCACGCUGGGACUUCCACAAAGUCUUCAGAAGGACCCACAGAGGAGCAGAGAGAUGAAAACUGGCUAGGAGCAGGGGAGGGUUUGUGAAUCUUGAGUCUGGCCAACGGGGCAACCUGAUCUUUGAAUGAAUGGAACUGAUGCCUAGCGCCUCUCCUCAAUGUGAUUUCUUUCUCUCUUCUGGGAUGUCGGAGAAGAGCCAGGCAAAGCUGUGCUUUUUUAAAAAAAAAGUGUUGGGAGGGGGAGGCAGGCUGGUUUGUUGGAAGCACACAAUGGGACAGCUUCCUGACUUAUUUCUCAGCAGUCAGAUUCACUGUCAUGUUUGUGCUCGUGUGGAUAGAGAAAGCAACACUGAAUCACACUAAGAGGCUGCAGCAUUUUCCUGAUGGACUCUGCAGCCAAUCAGUUUCAUUGCCGUUGAAGAAGGGGAGCCGUUUCUUGCUAGAAACUGUUCUUUCCUCUGGCAGUUGUGCACAUGUUACAAGUCAAGUCCAACAGGUGGGUGAUAAGCAUCUUACCCAGCAAAUUCAGCAAUCGGAAGGAGUUUCUUUCUGUCUCUCUCUCUUUCUCUCCUUUCUUACUGGUCUUUGAGUGCUUGAUGUAGCCCAAAUUUGAUAAUAUGCACACCAGCUAGAUACCAACUACAUGUCCUUCCUGGAUUAUUAGGAUUCAUGAGCAUGCUGUCCAACCGUUGGAUUUUACCUGUAGCAUAUAUGUUGACCCCAUUCCACCCUCAAAUAAAGGUGCUAUGUUUUGAAUUAAAACACACAGAGACACUACAGAUUCUAGAUUUUGGCUUGUGUUGUGGAGCAUUAAAUAUCAGCACACUAAAGGGGUGUCCAAAUGGUGCUUAUUUCACGAUGCAUCCAUAUGGUACAUCUGAACCCCACAGUCCACCAUCCUCUCCUGAUGUGCUGAUAGGGACAAUCACAGGACCAGUGUUGGGUGGAAUGCAGGCUUUGCCCGCACAGUAAUGGUCUGUCUAAGUGAGGCUGUCACAGGGGAAUAAGUUACCUUUUCCAGGAAUGUUACUUCUGCACGAGAGAGCAUUGGUCAGCCAGAUGGACACCCUGCAUUCGCAAAUUGACCCUGGCUUGCAUCCCUCUUUCUAGACCAUGCAUGCAAAACUGGUCAUCCAUCAAGCCAAGCUCACCAGCCAUGUAAUCAUGGCCUGCUAGAUGUUAUACACACACACACCAAGUUUCAACUAAUUUACUAAGACCCUAGCAGGCCACCGUACAUGGCUUGUGUUUCAGCUUGGCAAAUCUCUAGUUGCACACCUGCGUUCUAGAUUGUAAACCAGCAGCCAGAUUCUCUGUUUCCCUCAGCUUCAUGGGUGCAACUGUGCUAGUCCAAAUAUUUCAGUGUCUUCCUAGAGGAAGGCAUUUGGUGGAUUUCCACCCCAUGCUUGCUCAUAGCAAAGGUUUCCAGCGGUGAAUAGCAUUACUUUGUACUCAUUCUGACCUCAUUUUUAGCUCUUGCAGGGUUGCUUUUUGAAGUGAUCCUUUGAGUGAUGCUUUGGGGGAAUUAUUUUUGAAUUGGCAUCAAUGCAGUUGUGGAUUUUUGUCCUGGGGACAGCCCUGUGAGCUGCCUUCAGCUUAUGUAGUUGCAUCCAAGUUCUUCCAUUAGCAGUAAACUCUUCUUCAGAUGAUGCCCUUGGUUAGACUGUAAAUGUCAAACCACUUCCUCUAGAAUACACCCGUUCGUGUUUGUUCUAGAAAUGGUUGUUCCAAAGCAGCUGGCAGGCUUUGAUUUAGAGGUGGGCUUUGCUUUGUUUCCCUGAUAACUGUGCCAUCUUACAUUAGUCUGUGCUAUAAGUUUGUUCAGUAUGAGGAGUGUAAUGGGGAAAUUCUGACCCUCCAGAAGCUGUUGAAUUCCCAGUUCCCAUCAGCCCCAGACAGUGUGGAAAGAAGCCAACAUCUAGUAUCCCAUUGUUGUGUUGGGAUAUUCGGUGACUUCUAUUUUCCAGAGAUCAUAUUAAGCGUAUGCACCUUGUAGACCUUGGAUUCUAUCCAGUGCUAUUUCUACUCAUAGUGCGCCCACUGAAAUUAAUAGAGAUAGCUAACUUAGGCCCCUGAAUUUUAAUGGGUGUUCUCUUGAGUAGGUGUUAGUUGGACGCAGCUCCUUAUUAUCAGCCCUCAAUACAAUGCCAAUGGGUAUACUCAGAGUAAGAAGACCUGGAAGCCUAUUACAUAACCUUGAUUAGUUACACACAAAAUUGGCUGUGUAGUCAAGGCCUUCAUUCUUGCAGUGUGUGAAACUUCCCUUUGACAUGACAGAUAAGUGGAUUUUGGAGUUGUUGGUUUGUUAUCAGGCCUGUCCAGUGACACCCUUGUCGACAGGUUCCUGGCUUUCAAAAUACUCAUUGUCUCUUACAGCUUGCUGCUCUGUGUUUUAAACAUGGCGUGGCCUCUUUCGUAAAUGGGGCUGAGAUGCAAAGAAACACUAAGCUCUGGUCUCCAAAGUACUUAUCGCUCCUCUAUUUUUGCUUCCAACCAUAGUCCCAUUCUUCCAUACCAGGUUAGUACAGAGCAACAGCUACACUUAAUAAGGCAUCAUCUUGCUAAGCUCUCCUCUAUAUCUGCCCCAUAGUUGGGCGCGACAUCACAAUUAUCCAGCUUCUACUUCAAAACUUGUUUUGUUUAUGCAUAACAAAGGUCAACCACAAAAGCUUUCUGCUUUGCUUCUUGCUAUCUCCCUAGUUCUGAUUCUGCAAAUGCCCUGGAAUUAUUUUUGAAUGAGGUGUUACAGAUUUCUGGGACUAGGGCUGAUGUGAAUGCGCUUUUUAAAAUUAGUCUGGUUGUCAUAAUUCCUGGCUUAAUGGGAUGCUUGCCAUAGGUCUGUCUAAAAGGGUGGUUUGGACAGUCUGAUAGACUAUACUGUGGUGUGCUGUGCUCUUGCAAGAUGACUUUAGAAGUGAACAGCAACCAUAGGCUGCUACUUCCUUUUGCUUUCUUAACUUGUCCUUUCAAUAUGCAAACAGGGCAGCAUCCCGAAACUGCAUUUUUGUAAAAUGGGAAUAAUAAGUUGUGAGUCUGCAGUCCCCAAAUGGGCUUAGAGAGUCCCAGACACUUAGCCAGAUGUGCCUUAGAUUUCUUUCUGAUGGUUCCCACAUUACAAACCACAGGUCUCCUUGGCCUCCCCCACCCCACCGCUUUCCUGUUUGCAUCUUCCACGUGCAAAAUAGAGCCCCCCCCCCCCAUUCCUCUUGGAGUGAAAGGAGAUCCAGAUUAUUGAUGCUCCCAAGGUCCACUCAAGAUGAAAGGUACAGUCCUUGGGAACCUCUUUUAAGUGUAACAUUACAAGCCUGUCUGAUGGUGAUGUAUAUUCAACACCUAACUUUGAAAACAGAAAAAGCUGUACUGUACUCUGUCCUGUGGUAGCUCGUAUUAGGCUUAGUUUCCAUUGAGGUAGUAGAACCUGCAUUGGGGCUUUAUAUUGUAGGUCUGGCUCGUAUGAUUGCUGCUCCAUAUAAAAACAAAUCCUUCCAUGCCCACCUAGCAUGUCUAGGGGGAUGUGAAGUUGACAUUCUUUUCCUUGACAUGCUAUUCUUCUAAGUGCAGGUUUUAAUUUUAAUGGAGGAGCAAGCAUGUAAUCCCUCACCUGCAGUCUCAAGUGGUACAUUCCAGACAAACGUUGACCACGUCUGUGAAACUUUGGCCCUGUUUUGAACUUUAGUGAGUUUGUGCUGAGCAUUGCAGGCGCUAAGGGAGAUGUUGACCUAUGUGAUAUGCAAGUAUUUCUUAAGCAAAUGCUUGAAAGAUUGUGAUGUUCUGUUUAGCAAGCCCCACAUGUCCAUUAGAGCAGUGUUCCCCAACCUUGGGCCUCCAGCUGUUUUUGGACUACAACUCCCAUCAUCCCUCGCUAGCAAGACAAGUGGUCAAGGAUGAUGGGAAUUGUAGUCCAAAAACAGCUGGAGGCCCAAGGUUGAGGAACACUGCAUUAGAGGACCACAUACUAAGGCACGGCAUUGGGGAUUGAAAACUAUAUUAUCUUGAGUUCAUGCUGCUUGCUUGGGGCAGGAGGGCUGUUCUGUUGGGAUCACUGAAAAUUACAGCAGUGAUUUGAAAAUUGUAGUGUCUUUUAACGUCCAUAAGGUGAUUUUACCAACCACUGGACACCUUAAUAAAUAACUUGAUAUAUGUCCGUCCAUGCCUCUUGUAACAUGAGAAACAGGAAGUUGAGUCUGAUUGUCAUAGGCACUUGCAAUGUAUGUCUUGAUUCCCUUUCCCUCAAAGCACGUUUCUUUCUCACACUUGACCUGAGCAUCAGGAGGUACCGAUUAACUUCUUAAUACGUGAAGCAACCUUGAUAUAGGUGUAUGUGUGUUGUUAAUGUAUCUGUGAUUCAUCCGUGUUUUAAAAACAUUAAACAUGGAUGGCAGAAGACAAACUUUCACAAUGAAAUUUGGUAGAAGGUACGAGAGAGAAGAAAGGGGGACCUUUGCUAAUAAAUAAACCUAUUUCUGUCUAAUGAUUUGCUUUGCUGCCUUCUCUUUUUUCUCCCCUCACCCCAGCAUGAUCCACCAGCCAGGCAAAAUGCAGUUUCUAGCCUCCGAGCUGAAGCUAGGAAUUGUUUUUGUGGCACACACCUGAGCUGAUAAUGUCAAACCUGUCUAUUUUCCUUUCGCAUCGGAGUUCUAAGUGAGCAUCCAAAAUCCAGAAUGAGUUAAGCUUAAACAUCUGCUCCAGUCUUGCUUUUGGACUGGUUACUUUAUUGCUGAACUUGAGUGGCUAUUUGUCUAUGGCGUGAAUAUGCUAGAAUCUACCUGAUGCUACAUGUCAGUUUCAUCAGGAAGUUACUAAGGGAUGGUUUCCGAAGCACUAAAGUGGAAUAGGUAGACACUGAAGUGUGUAUGUAGCUCUUUUCACAUCAUCCUUGCAGUAAAAUUCCUGUCUAGUAUUGUGUCAGAUGCUGGAAUAGAAAAAGACACAAUUCCCCCCCCCCUGGCUUUCAUACUAUCACACUUUGCAGAUAGUAUUAUGCAUGUAAAAGAAUGUAAAAAUUAAGUGGGAAAAUGUUUAUAUUAGACUUGUGGGAUGCAAUUCCUGAUUUUUUUAUUUUUGGUCCUGCUGAAAGGGUGGGGGAUAUUUUCUUACACAAGCUUUUUUUAACUAGCAAAAACUAAAUUCCAGCAAAGCCAAAGUGUAUUAUAUGACUUCUUUUAUAUGACUCUGAUGUAAAAAGAUUGGUUAGAAUAACUAAGUCUUUUGAUUCUUUUUAUAUAUAGAGAGAAGUUCUCUAAAGAAAACUUAAAACCACUAUUCAAUAAAGAGCAGCAAAUAUUAAUGUGAAUAAAGAAUUAAGGUGUAGAUUUCUCCUGAUAAAACAAUUAAAUUCUUUCCAACCUGUUAGGUGCUGGAAAUGCAAUUUAACAAGAUUUUUGUUGUUUUAAGUGUGAUUUCUGCUUCAUGGAAAUGAGAUAGAUGCCUUUUCUGAAAUGCUCUUUGGGCUCUUAGGAAAUAACUUUUUUAUAAUUCCUUUUUGUAUGUGCAUUGAACAAAGUAACACUGAAUAUAUUUUCCUCCUUUUUCCUGUGUGCAAGCUUUGCAAAGAGGAUGUGAAUUCUUAAAGCAGAUUUUCUUAAUGAGGGUGAAAUGGUGACUAUCACUGUCUUGGCCAUCAUCCGUUCAAAUAUGCUGCUGUCUUUUCUGACUCUCUUGGAAUGUUUUCAAUAGCAAUUGUGUAUCAGAUUAAAACCAGCCUGUAUGUUUCAAUAUUGUAAUGAAUAAAAUGUUCUUCACUUUUAA